AUGGUGUAUUAUCGGGGAAUUGAGGCUAACCCCUCGAAGAUAAAAGCCAUUCUCGAGAUGCCUCUUCCUCAAAGUAUCAAGGAGGUGCAAAGACUAAUCGAAAGGAUAGCAGCAUUAGGGCAGUUCUUGUCAAGAUCUGCGGAAAGGCAAUUGCCAUUUUUUAAGGCCUUGACUCAACUGAAACAGUGUCUAGUCUCCCCCGCAGUCCUGGCUAAGCCAUGGUCGGGAGAGUCACUAUACAUUUAUCUAGCUGCCUCGGAUGAGACUGUCAGUUCAAUUUUGGUGCGGGAGGAGGACAAAGCUCAAAAGCCAGUCUACUAUGUGAGCAAGAGGUUGUCUAGAGCCGAGAUUCGUUACACUCCAACAGAAAAGUUGGCUUAUGCCCUAGUCAUCUCCGUUCGAAAGUUAAGGCCCUACUUCGAGGCACAUCACAUUAUCGUCCUAUCAAGUCAGCCAUUGAGGCAUGUGUUGGGAAAGCCGGACUUGUCGAGGAGGAUGUUCAAAUUGGCGGCGCAGGCUCUUAUUGACUUCAUCGUGGAGGGCACCCUACCAGAGGAAGUAGACGAAGGGGUUUCCCAGAUUUGGACUCUCUCUGUUGAUGACAACUCUAGUGUUGGAGGCGGCUAUGCCGGAUUAUUGCUCCAGGGUCUCGAUGGCCAAGCUUGGCCGUAUGCCCUCCACUUCGAGUUCAAUGCCUCUAACAAUGAAGCCGAGUACGAGGCGCUCAUUGCCAGGCUCAGACUAGUGAAACAGAUGGGAGUCAGGGAUCUGGAGGUAUAUUCUGAUUCGAAUUUAAUUGUGCAACAGGUCACAGGCGAGUUCGAGGCCCGGGAGGACGCCAUGGCCCAAUACUUGGAGAUAGCCAAGAAUCUUAUGGCACGGUUUCAAGCGUCGUUGCCCCAGAGAAGUAUAGAGACAGAAGCGGAGCAGCUUUACGUGGAAGGGGUAGAAAAUUGGAUGGAUUUCAUCGUAGCAUAUCUGACCAAGGGAUGGCUACCAGAGGAGGAACAAGAGAGUCGGAAACUCAGGUGCCAGGCUGCCAAGUUUCUACUGGUUGGAUCAGACCUUUACAAGAAAUCCUUUACUUAG